AUCCUCUGAAAAUUAGUUCGUUCUGGAAAACUAUUUUCGUGGGACUGGUUGUUUCUAGUAGAUGCUUUUCUGGUAGAAGAUCUGUUUCGGUAAACGUUAUUCUGAGGAAUGUUAUUUAAAAAAAAUGAAUUCUAGAUAUUGUGUUUGGAUGCAACAUGCACCGAAUCAGUCGAAUACCAAUUCCGGCAUACACUAGUAGAGUAGUGGCAUGAACCCAAUUCUAGCAAAAAGAAGUAGUAUAUCCUUUUGCUGUAUCAGAAAACAGAAGAAAAGCGUUUUUUAAUGAAUUCAUUCUUGUAAAUUUCAUCGUUGUUCAGUAGACGGCAGUUUUCUUCACUUAACUACAAACCUGUGCCUUCGGAUAUUGGAAAAACUCAGUCUAAAGAUUUCCGAUUGUGUUUCAUUGGCAACACUUCCUCGUCCAUUUCUUGGUUUCCUAGGUUUUGUCGUUUCCACUGAACUGAAGAUGAUCGAUCGAACAGGCCUGGCCAAACUUUAUUCCCCUUGUCGAAUUUCACCUUCAUUUUCAAGCACUUGCUUCAAUCAUUUCCAGCGAUUCCGUUGUCCAAGAUGCGUGUGUGUGAGCGUGCAAAGCGGUCAGCCAGCAUGGAUGUGCACAUCCACCCUCUCUGCAUUGAAUCCUUUGCCUUCGUUUGCACUUCCACGACCACGACAACGACAACAACGACGACGAUGAUGACGAAGAAGCUAGUGUGUGAGUGCGGCGCCUCCGGACGGUGUAGCGUUAACUUUGUUGUAAAAUUGUGCUGCAGUUAUUAAACAACUUUCGUCACAUGCAUGAACUUCUUCCUUUCAACGCACCGAAGCAGCACUAGCAGCAGCUCACGACGCGACGGCUAAAGGCAUCAUCCUUACGCGCGGCACCGUCAUUUCUUCACCAACUUUCGUGGAAGAAAAGUGCGUGAAUUGUAGUUCUGGUCCGCGCGACGUUCUGAGGUCCCUUUUCCACAGAGGAGGGGACCACCCUCGUGUUACACCGAGUAGCAAUCGGAAGAAAAGAACAAACGAAAAAAAAACUCGGCCUCACCGUUCCGUUUUCGGUUUUUUGGCAUUCUUGGGGGAUCCUCGUCGAAGGAAUUUGAUUAAAAAAAAACAAAAUCCCUCACUUUUCGGCUUUUACUUUAGUUCAGUCAAAGAAAAAAAAAAUCAAGUGCAAUAAGAUAAGUGCUUUCUUAGAAAAAAAAAUUCAAAAUUUUCCCUUCGCUCGAACAACGACCGACCGUGCGGCUCCAUUCGAAAUAAAUCACUCACUCACCCACACACACGGAGAGAAAGAGAAAAAAUCAACCAGUGCGAAAUUGUGAUAAUUGAGCAAAAGAGCAAAAUGUUUUCGAUUGAAUCAAUUUUAAAGUCUCAAAUCUCCCAGAGGUAGUGUAGAUAAGAUUCCAGCAGGUUAGCACUGGUUUGCACACCAACCAAAUCAAAAGCCAAACAAAAACAAAAAACAAAUUACCAAAAAAAAAAACGAAAUAAACAGAAACAAAAAAUAAAACAAACAAACAAACGAAAAAUAAAAACGAACAACCUCUUUUUCAUGGUUGAAACUACGCCUGUAACAAAUCAACUAGACCAAAAAACAACCAAACGAGAGUGCCAAACGCAAGCGGGAUAUGAUUUUUGUGUUUCACCUACGGCAUUUGAUGAAGAUUCGGACCCCAGCGAGGGUCCCAAUGUUUGCUAGUAUUUCUGCAGUUUUCAGUACCCUACCGCUAGCACUAGUACUACUACCGCUACUACGGCCAAACAAGCAAUUGAACGCUGUCGAGAGUCAGAAUGCAGAUUCAGCACGUACGGGACCUGUGUGCCGUGCCGGGUGCGGCCGCCGAGCUCAACUGCACCGGUGAUAUCCUGUCGGUGCAGAACUUGCUGCCGCAGUUGGCUCCACCGGAGAACAAACCGCACCAGUGCCAGCAGUGUCUGAAGAGUUUCUCCUCCAACCACCAGCUGGUGCAGCAUAUCCGGGUCCACACCGGCGAGAAACCGUACAAAUGUUCCUACUGUGAUCGCAAGUUCAAGCAGCUGUCGCACGUCCAGCAGCACACUCGGCUGCAUACCGGUGAACGCCCGUACAAAUGUCACCUGCCGGACUGCGGCCGUGCGUUCAUUCAGCUGUCGAACCUGCAGCAGCACCUGCGCAACCACGAUGCCCAAGUCGAGCGGGCCAAGAGCCGACCGUUUCAUUGCAAUCUGUGCGGCAAGGGAUUUGCCACCGAGUCCAGUCUGCGAACACAUACUUCCAAGGAACUCCAACUGCAUCUUGGCGUUCUGCAGCAGCAUGCAGCUUUGAUCAGUAACUCCAACAGCGUGACGUGUAACGUAUGUAGCAAGAUCUUCCUGGGCGUGGACGCCCUCAACGAACACAUCAAGUACUCGCAUAAAGAAGUGGCUGCUUUUCAACCACAAACCGAACCGAACCAAAUCCAUUCCCCCGCCUACGCACUACCAGAGUACAGUAGCAAAUGUCUAGAGGAACUGAAACAUACACUUUCUUACACUACAGUGAAGCGAAGAGUAGCGAACCACCCGUGUCCGAUGUGCGGCAAGCACUACGUCAACGAGGGAUGUCUGCGGAAACACCUGCUGACGCAUCCACGAACGGCCGGAGCCGGACCUCCGUUCCGCUCCAAUCUGCAGAUGUGGCCCUGCUCGGUAUGUCAGGCCGUAUUCACCCACGAGUCCGGUCUCAUCACCCACAUCGAGCACAUGAAGAUGGAUCCGAAACACCAGUUUGCCGCCCAGUAUAUGUUCACCAAGGCAGUUGUCGAACAGCGGGAAAAGGAAUCCAAUGUACUCGGGAUGGGAAGCAGCGGUUCCAAUCCAAUGAUUUCGGUGAAGGAGUUGACACAGAAUAGCAUUUCACCACUGAACUAUUCGGAGAAUUCAUCGACCAUGGGAUCGGAAAAGAAUGGUGAGGGUGGAGGAGGAGGAGGUGGCGGAGGCUUUGAGAACCAUCGCUUGACGAAUGUCGCGGCGGCUGCGGCUGCCGUUGCAGGCGGUCACGGUAAUCCGUUCGGGAUGGUUCCCGGAGAUAACAACAACAGUCAGUUUUCGCGUAUGAUGAUGCUUCAGGAGCCGAAGUUUGAUCCGGAUUUGAUGCUACCGACGGAUGGCACUUCGUCCGCUGUGCAAGCAGCAGUCGUCAAUUUGGCUACGGCGAUGCGCAUAGGACAAAGUUUUAAGAAUAAUUCGAUCCACGGUGAUCAUCUUGGGCAGCCGAGUCUGGGGCCGUUGAAAAAGAAGAGCAAUUUUAUCAAUUUUAACGAAAUGAAAUACCCGCUGGCGAAUCGUCAGAAUUUCUCUUCCGUUGAUUCGCCAGUUGGCGCCGGAGCUGGUCUCGGUGCCGGCCAGAGUCCGUGUGGUCCGUCAUCCGAGACGGCAAUCCGAAUCCAGCAGGCGGAAGCGAUUUUAAGAUCUCAAGCGGAAGCGGCACUUCGGUUGGCCGUUUCGCAGGCCCAAGCCGUGGUGUCCUCCAAUGCCGUUGGGGGAGGAGCUGGUGGACACGUAGGUGGUCAUGUGGGACCCUUGGGGAAUCAUCCGUUAAUGGGCAGGUGCAAUGAUGAGAAUAGAUCAAACGAAAAUUGUCCCCCCUUUGAUCCCCACGGGGAACAACUGAGGGCGGUCAUGAGAGAACAUCACGCUCACCAACAACAACUGCAACAGCAGCAGCUACAGCAGCAACAGCAACAACAACAACAACAGCAACAGAAUAACGAUGAGUGCCAUCAAUACUCGCAGAGUCCUGUGCCGAGAAAUGGACUGGACCUUACCGACGAGUUCCUAAAAAGUGAAAACGUACUGAAAGGGUGAGAGUAGAUGUAAAUUUUGAUGCCAUAUUAUAUUUAAUUUAAAUCAAUACAAAUCAUGGGACGAAGAGCGAAGCAAAUACGGUGCAGAGUUAGUAGAGGAAUUAGGCACGAGAAAAGGGAAAAAAAUCGCGGUUCGCGGGAAACCGCAAACCGACACUUACACAUUUGAUUAUUAUGCGAUAAUCUGGGACUUGAAUGUGUGAAUCAAUAACUAAAUGAUAAAAUAAUAAAACUGAUGCAUUAUGCCAUAUUAUAAAGUA